ACAUGUUUGCCGUACACUUGAUGGCGUUUUACUUCACCAAGCUGAAGGAAGAUCAGAUCAAGAAGGUGGACCGGUUCCUGUACCACAUGCGGCUCUCAGAUGAGACCCUGGUGGACAUCAUGACCCGGUUCCAAGCUGAGAUGGAGAAAGGCCUGGGGAAGGACACGAACCCCACCGCGUCAGUGAAGAUGCUGCCCACGUUUGUCAGGGCCAUUCCAGAUGGCUCAGAAAACGGGGAGUUCCUUUCCCUGGAUCUUGGAGGAUCCAAGUUUCGGGUCUUGAAGGUGCAAGUCUCUCAAGAGGGGAAACAAAAUGUCCAAAUGGAGAGUCAGUUCUACCCAACGCCCAAUGAAAUCAUCCGUGGGAAUGGCACGGAGCUCUUUGGCUACGUAGCUGACUGCCUGGCAGAUUUCAUGAGAACCAGAGAGCUGACGAACAAGAAGUUGCCCCUGGGCUUCACCUUCUCUUUCCCCUGCAGACAGACUAAGCUGGAUGAGGGCUUCCUACUUUCAUGGACCAAAAAGUUCAAGGCCCGGGGAGUUCAGGACACAGACGUGGUGAAGCACCUUGCCAACGCCAUGAAAAAGCAUGAGGACCUGGACGUGGACAUCCUGUCCUUGGUUAACGAUACUGUGGGGACCAUGAUGACUUGUGCUUAUGACGAUCCAGGCUGUGAAGUCGGUGUUAUCAUUGGAACAGGCACUAAUGCGUGUUACAUGGAGGACAUGAGCAACAUCGAGCUCGUGGAAGGCGACGAGGGGAGGAUGUGCAUCAACACAGAGUGGGGGGCCUUCGGGGACGAUGGGGCUUUGGAGGACAUUCGCACGGAGUUUGACAGAGAGUUGGACCUGGGCUCACUCAACCCUGGGAAGCAACUGUUCGAGAAGAUGGUCAGUGGCCUGUACAUGGGGGAGCUGGUCCGGCUCAUCCUACUAAAGAUGGCCAAAGUUGGUCUCCUUUUUGGGGGUGCAAAAUCCUCUGCUCUCCAUACAAAGGGCAAGAUUGAAACCCAGCACGUGGCUGCCAUGGAGAAGUAUAAAGAAGGCCUGGCCAAUACGAGAGAGAUCCUGGUGAAUCUGGGCCUGGACCCCUCAGAGUCGGACUGCAUUGCCGUCCAGCAAGUGUGCACCAUCGUCUCUUUCCGCUCGGCCAAUCUCUGCGCUGCUGCUCUGGCAGCCAUCUUGACACGCCUCCGAGAGAAUAAGAAGCUGGCCCGGCUCCGCACCACGGUGGGCAUGGAUGGAACCCUCUACAAAAUACACCCCCAGUACCCCAAACGCCUGCACAAGGUGGUGAGGAGACUGGUCCCAAACUGUGAUGUCCGUUUCCUCCUGUCAGAGAGUGGCAGCACCAAGGGGGCCGCUAUGGUGACCGCGGUAGCCUGUCGGGUGCAGGCCCAGCGUAAGCAGAUUGACAAGGUGCUGGCCUUGUUCCAGCUGACCCGAGAGCAACUCAUAGGUGUGAGGGACAAGAUGCGGACUGAACUAGAGUAUGGGCUGAAGAAAAAGACUCACGCUCUGGCUACGGUGAAGAUGCUCCCCACCUAUGUCUAUGGGAUGCCUGAUGGCACAGAGAAAGGAAAGUUUCUUGCCCUGGAUCUGGGGGGAACAAACUUCCGAGUUCUCCUGGUGAAGAUCCGAAGUGGACGGAAGUCGGUGCGAAUGUACAACAAGAUCUUUGCCAUCCCCCUGGAGAUCAUGCAGGGCACUGGAGAGGAGCUGUUCGACCACAUUGUGCAGUGCAUCGCUGACUUCCUGGACUACAUGGGCCUCAAGGGGGCCCAGCUGCCUUUGGGCUUCACGUUCUCCUUUCCCUGCAGACAGACGUGCAUUGACAAGGGGACUCUAGUAGGGUGGACCAAAGGCUUCAAGGCCACCGACUGCGAAGGGGAGGACGUGGUGGACAUGCUCAGAGAAGCUAUCAAAAGGAGAAACGAGUUUGACCUGGACAUAGUUGCAAUCGUGAAUGACACGGUGGGGACCAUGAUGACAUGCGGCUAUGAAGAUCCCAAUUGUGAGAUUGGCUUGAUAGCAGGGACGGGAAGCAACGUGUGCUAUAUGGAGGAGAUGAGGAACAUUGAGCUGGUGGAAGGGGACGAGGGGCAGAUGUGCAUCAACACGGAGUGGGGAGGAUUCGGAGAUAAUGGCUGCAUAGACGACAUCUGCACCCAGUAUGACAAGGAAGUGGAUGAGGGCUCCCUGAAUUCGGGCAAGCAGAGAUAUGAGAAAAUGACCAGUGGCAUGUACCUGGGGGAGAUUGUGAGGCAGAUCCUGAUUGACCUUACCCGGCAGGGGCUCCUCUUCCGAGGGCAGAUUUCAGAGAGGCUCCGGACCAAGAGUAUCUUUGAAACCAAAUUCCUGUCCCAGAUUGAAAGUGACCGGCUGGCCCUCCUGCAGGUCAGGAAGAUCCUGCAGCAGUUGGGCCUGGACAGCACGUGCGAAGACAGCAUCGUGGUGAAGGAGGUGUGUGGGGCCGUGUCACGAAGGGCUGCCCAGCUCUGCGGUGCCGGCCUGGCCGCCAUUGUGGAGAAGAGAAGAGAAGACCAGGGGCUGGAGCACUUCAAGGUCACUGUGGGUGUGGACGGAACUCUCUACAAGCUGCACCCUCACUUUUCCCGGAUACUGCAGGAGACGGUGAAAGAACUGGCCCCUCAGUGCGACGUGACGUUCAUGUUGUCAGAAGAUGGCAGCGGGAAGGGAGCAGCUCUGAUCACAGCUGUAGCCAAGCGGUUACAGCAGCAGGAGAAGGAAAACCACGUGGCCCGCCAGGUCUGCGACGCCUCAUGCUGACCAGGGACCACCAGAUGACCUCCUGACUCACCUUCCCCUCUCCCUUAGCUUCCUGGUGCUGGCUUGGCAGUGACACUCAGCGACACCUCCAUUCAGCAUAUUUUGGCCAAUGAUGGGCUGGCAUUUGAAAUCAAAGGAUCUGGCCCAAGAGAUCCCGUUUUGGAAAAAUUAUCAGUUGAGCUAUCAGUGUUCGAUAGCUUCAAGCCCCUCAGCUGCUGGACUCCAAAUCUGCCCCGGUGCCUGGUGGCUUAGUUCCUCUCUGGCAUUAAAGCUACCUCUAACCUAUGGAUGAACCCUUGGGAGGGAGAAAGACGCUUAGUGAACUAGGAGAUCUAGCUUAACACGGCCUGACUUCUGUUGGCUUCCUAGGCUCUGGGAGAACAUGGGCUUUGGCUCAUUUAUCUCCAAGUGCGGAGGAGUCCUUGGCCCUGGAGCCAGGAGGAAUCUUCCCAUACUCGGGUGCUCUGUGAGCACCCUGGGGUGUCACUCCCCAAUGUGUAUUGAGGGCUGGGACACCACUUAAGGUACUGUCUUUCGCUUCAUGUCGUACAGUAGGUGUC